AUGAAACGCAUCAAUUCCCCCGUGGAUGACAACGUUCCUAUUUAUAUCUUCAUCCUCCUCUUUAUCAUUCCCCUUCUCAGUUUCCUGGCCACCACCGAUCUCAGACAACAUCUUCCUCCACUUGGUGUCUUCUUGAUCUCAGGCUGCGGCGUUGACUUCUGGAUCAACGUUUGCCUCACAAUCCUCGGCUACUUUCCCGGACACAUCCACGCCUUCUAUCUGGAAUAUGUCUAUUAUGAUCGUCGCAAUCGUGAUCCACUCACCCGUGCUACUCAAAGGCCCGCACCCGGCGUUUACUCCAACCGAAUCCAGAAUGGAGGCCAUCAUCACACACACGCAGACCGAAAUUAUGGCACCCUGUGA